AAUGCGCACAUAAGCGGGACGACGCUCUGAGUUGGACAAAUGAGCAAGACGAUCGUCAUCCACUUUUGAGAACGACGUGGCAUUAUUCUCCUCCAUUGUUCUCUCUCUUCUUCCUCCUCCUCUCUCCCCCCCUCCCAAACUCUCUGUAUUCCGCAGAGAUAGAGAGAGCGACAGAGAGCGCAACAAUGGCGUCGACACUCCCAAUUACGCAGCUCGCAACGCCUCGCAGACUCCACACCUCACUCUCAUGGCGACAUACCUUAGCUCCCUCUUCCCUCGCCGUUUCCCCUCCCUCUUCUCUGGGCAGACGGUGCGCGCAGCCGCCAGUGACGUGUACGGCGCGGCCGGCAGCGGCAAAUUAUGCACCUGGGACGCCGGUUAGGGCGACGAGCAUACUGGUAGUUGGGGCCACGGGGACUCUGGGGCGGCAGGUUGUGCGGCGCGCGCUGGACGAGGGCUACGAGGUGAGGUGCCUUGUGCGCCCUAGACCGGCUCCUGCUGAUUUCCUCCGCGACUGGGGCGCAACUGUUGUCAAUCAGGCGGACCUAAGCAAACCAGAGACUAUACCUGCGACAAUGGUUGGCAUUCAUACAGUUAUUGACUGUGCUACUGGGCGUCCAGAAGAACCUAUUAAAAUGGUAGAUUGGGAAGGGAAAGUUGCCCUUAUACAAUGUGCAAAAGCAAUGGGAAUCCAGAAGUAUGUAUUUUAUUCCAUUCAUAACUGUGAUAAGCAUCCUGAGGUUCCCCUGAUGGAGAUCAAGUAUUGCACAGAGAAGUUUCUUCAGGAUUCAGGCUUAAACCAUAUCGUAAUUCGGUUAUGUGGUUUCAUGCAGGCGCUCAUUGGGCAGUAUGCAGUACCUAUAUUAGAAGAGAAAUCUGUUUGGGGUACGGAUGCACCCACACGAAUAGCUUACAUGGACACCCAGGAUGUUGCUCGGUUGACAUUCAUAGCCUUACGAAAUGAGAAAAUUAGUGGGAAGCUUCUUACUUUCGCCGGGCCUCGUGCAUGGACAACUCAAGAGGUUAUUGCAUUGUGUGAGAGGCUAGCAGGCCAAGAUGCAAAUGUAACCACAGUCCCUGUCUCAGUCUUGAAAUUUACUCGCCAGCUGACCCGGUUUUUCGAGUGGACAAAUGAUGUUGCUGAUAGAUUGGCAUUUUCAGAGGUUCUAAUGAGUGACACGGUAUUCUCUGUUCCAAUGAGUGAGACAUACACACUUCUUGGUGUGGAUUCAAAAGACGUAGCUACACUGGAGAAAUAUCUGCAGGAUUACUUCACAAACAUUCUGAAGAAAUUGAAAAACCUCAAGGCGCAAUCAAAGCAAACUGACAUUUACUUCUGAAAAGAAGACCUUUACCUGUCCAUACAUGAAGCUAUGUAUGUAAGUUCAAAAUCUGGCUGCAACUCACAAUUAUUCAAGGUAUGCCAUUCAUUCAAUAUGCCUGUAAUCCUCACUUUUCAAAUCUGCAUUGCAAAAGUGCUGAGGAUAAAGUAACAACAGAAAGAAACAGUAUAGUUGUUUCAAGGCAAUCAGAUUAGGGAAGGCAGGUUCUUCGUUGCAUUUUUGUCCCCUGGGUAAAUGUAUAGUGUAUCAUGUGAAAAACCAAAUUUUGUUUGUGUUUGCAAGCAAGUACAUCAAAGUAAAUAUGUAACGGUGCUGUGUAGUGACUGAUAAUGAGAACAUAUCAUUGUCAUCAUCAUCAUCAUUGUGUUGUUGGAAUCAUCUAAUUCCAUUUGUAUCAAUACAGUAGUUAAGUCAACUUUGGGAA